AUGGACCCCCUAGUCAUCAUCCAGAAUCCGAGCAACUUUCGAGUGGAUGGAGAUCGGCUACCCGAUUCGGAGUGUUCUUACUUAAUUCGGAAUCCACCGACACGACGCCUGCUUGCGGGUGGCCGAAUUGUGUCCCCACGGUACCCCAGUGACUACCCUCCCAACAUUCGCUGCUCCUACACCUUCAUAGGGAGGAGCGACGAACGUAUUGUCAUAUCCGUUCAGUCUUUGCUUCUAAGCCAUCGAGACCUCUCAAAUCCUUCCAAUACAACCACACAAAGCUGCGUCUACGAGACAUCCCUGCUGUCCAGCUUUGAUAGAGUUUUGGUCCACAGUCUACCACUCGGUCGAUGGAAAGAGGCCAAUCUACUAACAAGGAUCUGUGGGACACUCUAUUCAUUCCAAAUCAUCUCCGAGGGCCCAAACCUCCAGCUCACCUUCAUUUCUCUUCCGUUUCGUCCUAAAUAUGGUGGCUUCUUGAUCGAAUACGUCUUUGUAAAGAGCUUUAGUGUUACACCACAGGUCUGGACAGCCACCGCUGCAGUUCCCUUUGAACAGAGGGCAAUGCAAGAAACUGUGCGAGAGUUUUUUGACCAUGUAAAAAACCUGCAGAAAGUCAAUCUGCCCAAGGAUGCGGCAGACGAAGUGAUCCUACGAAAGCCGAGCAACACCAACAUCCUAAACAGUGAUUCUGCAAGUCUUCAGCACAGUUGCAAUGCGCCAGAAGUCGUGGAGGUGAUAAUAGAUUCGCACCAGACUGAAGAAGGGGUCCUUACGUCGCCACGAUUUCCCGAACGCUAUCCCAAGUGUGUCAACGGAACUUACUACUUUCGUGGGAGAUCGGGACAGAGAGUAUUCCUGAAAUUUGUUCUUCUUGAACUAGGAGAUUAUGAACGAUGCAAUGAGGCCACAGGGCAGAGUGGAGAUCGCCUGUAUUUCUACGACGGUCCGUCUAUCGAAAUGCCAGUGCAGUUAAGUGUCUGUGGUAGUAGACAAUCUGUCUUUCUUCCCGAGGCUGAACGACAGCCAGCGUCGGCUCAAAACCUCGCAAUUGCUUCUUCAGGCAGCUACUUUACCAUGCUCUUCACCUCGGACGAGUUCGUGGGGAAAUUUGAAUUUGGUUUUCGACUGGAGUACCGAUUUCAGAAUCUCCUAACGUGGGAGACAGUCGCAAACCACAAGGCAAUGGUGAAUGACUCCCGUAAGGCAAAGAAGGAGCGCGUGGUGUACUUCAACUACCACCUACAAACCCUUGCAACGAAUCCCACCUCUGGAAUUUCCACCGCAGCAUUCAAUUUGUACAUAUUUUUUGGUAAGCCGAAAAUAUCAUGCAUGAUUUACCAAUAA